UUAAGCACCGGGUGUAACUGUAAGCAUCAACUGGAAAGUUGCUGAUCGGAGCUGGAUUGACAAUUUGACGUGAGGCUGUAGUAAAAAUGCUUGCUGCAUCUGCUUUAGUAGGAAGGGCACUCCUAAGGAGUCAAGCCAGAGUGGUUUCUGGAGUGAGUUCCCUUCACACAUUGCCAGAUCUUCCAUACGAUUAUAAUGCCUUGUCACCAGUCAUCAGCUCUGAGAUCAUGGAGCUCCACCAUAAGAAACAUCAUAAUACGUAUGUGACCAACCUCAAUACUGCAGAGCAGACGUUGGAACAUGCAGUUGAAGCAGGUGACAUCAGCGGAAUCAUAUCGUUGCAGUCAGCACUGAGAUUUAACGGGGGAGGCCACAUCAACCAUACCAUCUUUUGGCAGAACCUCUCGCCAGACGGUGGUGGAGAACCAACAGGCGAGUUGUUGAGUGCGAUCAAGAAAGACUUUGGAUCCUAUGACGAUAUGAGAGCCAAGCUGACUGCUGCUACCGUAGCCAUCCAAGGAUCUGGAUGGGGCUGGUUGGGUUACAACAAAGGUACAGGAAGUAUUCAGAUUGCCACGUGUGCUAACCAGGAUCCUCUCCAAGCUACCACGGGAUUGGUCCCACUCUUUGGUAUUGAUGUAUGGGAACACGCCUACUACCUACAGUACAAGAACGUCCGCCCCGAUUACGUCAAAGCCAUCUUCAACAUUGCAAACUGGGCUGACGUCGAGAGGAGACUGAGAGAUGCGAUGACCAGUUAGACCAUUUGAUAAGACCCUCCUGUAAGACCAAGCUUGGCAGAUUAUCUAGCUCCUACGCUCAAGAUUGUAUAAUCUGUCCAAGAGUGUCGCUCUACAUGCUUUAUUCAUCAUUAUAUAAUGACACUUCUGCUGUAUUGUUCAGUAUAUCUCUAUCUCGCCAAUCAAAGUGUGGAAAUUGAAAUAAUAUUAUUGUGCAUGAGCUUGUGUCUGGUCCACUGGACCAAAAAAGCAUGAUUGUACUGGAAAAGUACAAGAUUUUAAUAUCAAUUUUCUCUAAGCACUGUAUGAUCGGUUAACUUGCUGGAAUUUGUACUAAAGAUUCUAUUGGAUCUUGAUUAAAGGCAGAUAUAUGAAACAGAAUUUUAAGUACAUUAUCUAUCAUGAUUAUGAGUUCCCAAUUGCGAACUUUUAAUGUCUUCAAUGCAAGAAGGGUUGCCAUCUCUGUUCAUAAUCUUGUAUUGCUCUCACUAUGGUCUCACAUGAUAGGCAUACAUGAAUACGUGGGACUGUACAUAAAUUUCACUCAUUUGUGAUGCGUUGACUUGUGAUAAGUUUCACCUAUCAUAUGCGAAACGAAUUUCAUUGAAAUAUGAUUUUACUAGUAUAUGUCAAAGAAAGUUUAAAAUGAAUAAUGGAUUUUUUUGGUUUGUGGACAACUUCCCCUGGCCUUGGGACUAUGGGAAGAUGUCUUUGGGAAAGGUUUGCUCGGCGUGGAGAAGCCCUUUGGAGAAUCCACCCUCCCGGGAAUCUAUGUUCUGGGAGGGGGGGGUGUUUUCAGGUUGGAAUGGUAUUGGUAUGUGGGGGGAAUUACCCUCCUGUGGAAGUCGUCCUGUUGACUUAUUUUGGGAUUUUCUUCUUGAUUAGUUCAGCUACCACUGAUAAAUCUUGCGAAU